AUGAAAUUGGAAUUCACAGAGAAAAACUACAACAGCUUUGUGCUGCAGAACUUGAACAAACAGAGGAAGCGCAAAGAGUACUGGGACAUGGCCCUGACUGUGGACCACCACGUCUUCUUCGCACAUCGCAACGUGCUGGCUGCUGUCUCUCCGCUGGUGAAAAGUCUCGUCUCCAGCAAUGACAUGAAGACCACCGACGAGCUCUUCAUCACCAUUGACCCCAACUACCUGAGUCCAGGCACGGUGGACCAGCUCCUGGACUACUUCUACAGCGGCAAAGUGGUGAUCUCAGAGCAGAAUGUGGAGGAGCUGCUUCGGGGCGCUCAGUAUUUCAACACCCCCCGCCUCCGCAUUCACUGCAACGACUUCCUUAUUAAGUCCAUUCGACGUGCCAACUGCUUGCGCUACCUCUUCUUGGCUGAGCUGUUCGAGCUCAAAGAAGUGUCAGACUUGGCCUACUCGGGCAUUCGUGACAACUUCCACUUCUGGGCCAGCCCUGAGGGUUCUAUGCACUUCAUGCGCUGCCCACCCGUCAUCUUUGGCCGCCUGCUCCGUGAUGAAAACCUUCACGUGCUCAACGAGGACCAGGCUCUCAGUGCCCUCAUCAAUUGGGUGUACUUCCGUAAGGAGGAACGGGAAAAAUACUUCAAGAAAUUCUUCAAUUACAUCAAUCUCAAUGCCGUCUCCAACAAGACAUUGAUGUUUGCCAGCAAUAAACUGACGGGUUUGGAGAACAACUCCGCCCACGCGACCUUGAUCGAGAGCGUCCUAAUGGACCGCAAGCAGGAGCGGCCAUGCAGCCUGCUGACCUAUCAGCGGAAAGGAGCCCUGCUUGACUCAGUGGUCAUUCUUGGUGGCCAGAAGGCCCAGGGCAAGUUCAACGAUGGAGUGUUUGCGUAUAUCAUCCAGGAGAACUUGUGGCUGAAGCUCUCAGAGAUGCCCUACCGCGCCGCGGCGCUGAGCGCAACUGCUGCUGGCCGUUACAUCUACAUCUCGGGUGGCACCACUGAGCAGAUUUCAGGACUAAAGACGGCAUGGCGCUAUGACAUGGAUGAUAACUCCUGGACCAAGCUGCCUGACCUACCCAUUGGGCUUGUCUUCCACACCAUGGUGACCUGUGGGGGAACAGUGUACUCAGUGGGUGGAAGCAUUGCCCCCCGCAGGUAUGUCUCCAACAUCUAUCGCUACGAUGAGCGAAAGGAAGCCUGGUGCCUGGCAGGGAAGAUGAGCAUCCCUAUGGAUGGUACAGCAGUGAUCACCAAGGGUGACCGGAACCUGUACAUUGUCACUGGCCGAUGCCUGGUGAAGGGCUACAUCUCCCGGGUGGGUGUAGUGGACUGCUUUGACACCAACACAGGGGAAGUGGUCCAGUGUAUCACUUUCCCCAUUGAAUUCAACCACCGGCCUCUGCUCUCUUUCCAUCAAGACAACAUCCUCCGUGUGCACAGCCACCGGCAGAGCGUGGAAAUCAACUUACAAAAGAUAAAGGCCAACAAGUCAACCACCUCAGUGCCUCUGUUGCCCAACAACUGUCCCUUGGAUGUGUCCCACGCCAUCUGCUCCAUUGGAGACAACAAGGUAUUUGUGUGUGGGGGUGUCACCACGGCCAGCGACGUCCAGACAAAGGACUACACCAUCAAUCCUAAUGCUUACUUGCUGGACCAAAAGUUAGGAGAAUGGAAGACCCUCGCCUCCCCGCCUGAGGCACUGGACUGUCCCGCCUGCUGUCUAGCCAAGCUACCUUGCAAGAUUCUUCAAAGAAUUUAA